AGUUCAGACAAGAUGGAGAUGCCAAUACUACCUGUGCAUAGCCACCAUUGCGAUGAAGGAGGACAAGAGCUUGGCUUUGUGGUUCCUGAAUCGAAUGCAUUUGGCAAAGAUUUCAGGUCUUAUUAUACAGAAGGUGAACGGAAGUCAGUUGUUGAAGAGACUUACCAUAAAAAUCAUGCCUAUCAGACAUUUGAAUUGGUGCAGAGAAUGAGAGAAAAGCAUCUGUGCUUCAAUAAAGGAGAGAUGGGUAUCUGGGAAUGCGCAGAGUUAUUGAAUGACAUCGUGGAUGAGAGUGACCCCGAUCUGGAUAUGCCUCAGAUCGAGCACCUCCUGCAAACUGCAGAAGCCAUUAGAAAAGAUUAUCCUGACCAAGACUGGUUUCAUCUCACUGCCUUUAUUCAUGACUUGGGCAAGGUUUUGCUUCAUCCCAAAUUUGGCCAGUCACCUCAAUGGGCUGUGGUCGGCGAUACAUUUCCAGUCGGAUGUCCAUUCGAUAAAUCUAUUGUACAUCACCAGAUGUUCCUCAACAAUCCGGACACUUGGGAUCCCAAAUACAAUACUGGCACAGGAAUCUAUCAAGAGGGAUGUGGAUUUGAAAAGCUUUUUAUGUCAUGGGGACAUGACGACUACAUGUAUCAGGUGAUGAAAGAAAACAAAUCGACACUACCUCCACAGGCAUAUUUCGUAAUACAUUACCAUUCAUUCUAUGUGAUGCAUCAAGAAGGUGCCUACAUGCACUUCAUGAAUGAUUUGGACCGCCAAAUGCUUCCAUGGUUGCAGGAGUUCAACAAAUAUGAUCUUUACAGCAAAAGUACAGUUUGUACUGAUGUGGAGAAAUUAAAACCGUAUUAUCAAUCUCUCAUUCACAAGUACUUUCCAGAGAAGUUGAGGUGGUAA